AUGUCAGCCUGCCUGCCCAGCCCCUCCACCAUGUCCAGCUACAAGGAUGUGGCGGUGGAUUCGGACCCGAACUCCUCGGCGCCCAACGAUAUUGCGGCAGCUGUCGAGGCGGCUGAUAUUGCGGACGAGCCGCAACGCGACGAUCCAAAUUCCUGUAAGCCGACGAUAAAAUAUGUACUGCUGCGCGAAGCGGGCAAUGGCAGAAUGGAGGAGGUCGAGCUCGAGCAGGGAAGCGUCCCCGAACUGCCCCCGGGCCACGAGGACGCCAAAAUGCACCCAGAGAUGGGCAUGGACCGCGGCGCUCGGAUCCAGGGGAAACGGCGGGGCGACGAGGAUAUUGAUGAAACACCAAUGCUCAAAGGGUCGAAACUGUUCAUAAAUGAGGGGAAAUGCAACAGCAAACAAUUGGAGAAGCUGAUUAUGCAGAAUAUCGUCUCCAACGAUGCGUUAGCGUCAAAACGGGCAAUUCACGAAGCAUCACUCGCUAUGAAGCCAGCCGCGGGGGUUGAUGUGAUUUGUUCGGAAACAGGCUUCACCUACCUCGUAUCCACCGUGGAGCACUGUGAAGCCCAAAAGAACAACGUCAUCUGCUUCGUCUACAAAAGGCCGCUG